AUGGUGGUGGCGGUGGGAGGGGGUGUUCGGUUUUCUGGGGGCGAGCUCUGCAGGACCGCAGAGGUGUUGCGUCAGGCCAAUGCGGACCAUCCUGGCCAAUGGCAGGGCAAGGCUGAAGAAGCCCCACCCCCCCAUGGGCGGCUCCAGUGGACCAGCCAGCCGGCGGGAGGGACGCUUCCAGUGUGUUCACUAGAUCUAGCCUUCGGUCCCUCGAAUCUGCUCGCGCUCGGCAGCGGCGGCACGGACGGCAGGAGGUGUCUGGUCAGCGGGUUGCGGAGGAUCGUGCGGGUAGCAAAGGGAGGGCGAGUGCCCCUUCAGCCCCAGACAGCAACCAGAACACGCAUCACUGUUAGAACCAUCACCCUGCAGCUAGCUUGGACACCAUUAAAAGGGCUCAUCAGCUGCAAACGGAUAGAAGUUUCUGUUAUUCGUGAAGACACAGUUUCAGGGCUUCUGCCUGGAGCUACCCACCCUCCAGAAGCCCCUGCUUGGCCUCCCUGCACCCAACCCCACACCAACCAGUCACAACUUGGGCUGUGUGUGGUGUUUCUUGGCAACUGGAACGCAGACUCCUCCAGCCGCUCCACAGGCCCCUUGUCCUCAGUGAGCAGAAGACUACAGAAGCUGGCUGCCGAAGAGGCUGUCCAAGUGAGAGAGCUCCUCCUUGGCCUUGCUUAUUAGCACAUUGACCACAGAGCAUUAACUGAGUGCUGGAUGUUACUCACUCGUGCUCCCUACCUUCAGGGACUGUAGAGGGAUUUUCCAGGCCCCACUUCACAGAGAGCCGUCCUGUAAGGAUCUCCCCAGGAGGCAGCCCAUAGAGAGAAGUGGCCUGCCUGGGGUCUCCACUGCCUUAAGUCCUACGUGGACACCUCCAGGGCUGAGGGGCUCAAUAGCUUUUCACCUACCUGUAAUCCAUAUAUCAGCUGGAAAAUUCUGCCUCUUUUUUUUUGUUCUUUUGUUUGUUUAUUGGUAG